CAUUCCAUUUAUGUUGUAUUCUUCUGCAGCUUCAGUCCAAGUCAACUAACAAAAAUCAAUCAAACCAAUACUCGCAACGCCCAGCUCCGAGAUGCUCCCACCAGCCCUCAACAUCCCAAAAUGGCUAGAAGCCAACUCCCACCUCCUCCAACCACCAGUAAAUAACUACUGCGUAUACCACCCGUCCUCCCCCCCGACAGCCGGAUACACCGUGAUGAUCGUGGGCGGCCCCAACGCAAGAACCGACUACCACAUCAACACAACGCCCGAGUUCUUCUACCAGUACCGAGGAUCGAUGCUCCUGCGGACCGUGGACACGUCUGUCUCGCCCGCCAGAUUCCAAGAUAUCCCCAUCCACGAGGGAUCGAUGUUCCUCCUCCCCGCGAAUACACCGCACUGCCCGGUGCGGUUCAGGGAUACCGUGGGGGUGGUGAUGGAGCAGCCGCGGGCGGCGGGGGCCGUGGAUGCGAUGCGGUGGUAUUGCGCCAACUGCGGCCAGAUUGUUUGGGAGAAACAGUUUAUCUGUACGGAUCUGGGGACGCAGGUGAAGGAGGUUGUGGAGGAGUUUGCGGGGGAUCCGGUGAAGCGGACCUGCAAGGCUUGUGGGACUGUAGCGGAGUCUAGAUAUAAAGAGGGCGAGGUGGUUCAGCCUCCUAGGUUCCCGGAGUAAAGAGAAGGGAAACGGUUAUUAUGAUUUGGACUGGACUGGACCUUGCAUGAUGUGAUGAUGGCAAUGAUGAUGUAUUUUAAGACGUGUAUACGAAUGAAGCUUGGUUACGUUUGCAACCGUGGGGGACUGC